AUGUCGAUUUCCUCCAUCCGGGGACUCCUCUCCAGCUACUCCCCCGUCUCGGAAUUCUCGCCGGACUUGGAGAAGGAAUACCAACUGCCCCUUCGAAAUGAAUCGUCGAGCGACCUUGAGUCUUCAGCCGACGAGGCAAAGUUUAGUCGGCCAAAAACGGAGAAAGCGGACUCUAAAGUCAUCGACGGUCGACUGGUGUCAGAUGCCAUCAUCGGUCUUUCCGACGGUAUGACGGUGCCCUUUGCAUUGACUGCUGGGCUGUCUGCGUUAGGAGACACAAAAGUUGUGGUAUUCGGUGGAAUGGCCGAACUAAUUGCGGGUGCCAUAUCCAUGGGUCUAGGAGGAUAUUUGGGAGCAAAAAGCGAGGAGGAAUCCUACCGCGCCACACUAAAAGAGACUGAAAGCCAAACUAUGACGGAUCCAUCCGGGGUGACUGACACAAUUUCUGAUAUCUUCGCGCCCUACGACCUUCCUCCCCACCUCGUCUCCGAACUCACAAGACAUCUUUCGACCUCCCCGAUGCUACCAUCCUUUCUCAUGAAUUUCCAUCAUACCCUUCAAGAACCUUCCGGAUCACGCGCCUUUAUCUGCGCUCUGACAAUCGCCCUGGGCUAUUUCAUCGGUGGCUUCAUCCCGCUACUCCCUUACUUUUUGUUGGGCCCAUGA